AUGAGCAGAAUACCAAACUUUACAAAGGGCGUCGAGUACUGGAACGCUACAGAGGCGACUUAUAAUGGAGUACUGGGGGGAUUCGGAUUGGGUACAUUACCACGUGUAGAUGCCCAGAGUUCGCGUAUGAUGAUUCUAAAGCUACUCCCACGACUCUCACAGACUAAGAGCAUAAUGAGUCCGAAUGGUGGUGAUGCACAACACAUUAAGCACACACGCGCUCUCGAAGCUGGUGCAGGCGUCGGUAGAGUGAGCACUGAUGUUUUACUUUACUACUCCAACCACGUCGAGCUGGUAGAACCGACGAAAAAGUUCACAGAUGUCGCCAGAGAGCGUCUCAGCGUGCAUGACAAGGUGAAAGAAGGGUCUACGUGGGUAGUGAAGGAAAUAGGAUUACAGUCGUGGCAGCCAGAAGGAGUCUACGAUCUAAUUUGGUCACAGUGGUGUAUCCCUCACCUGAGUGAUGAAGAAUUGGUUACAUACCUAAACAAAGCCAAGAAGGCGCUUAGGAGAUACGAAUCGAAUGACAAAUACUUUGGUCAAGAUGGAUUGGUUGUGGUUAAAGAAAACAUCUGCUCAGAUAGCGAUUAUACGCUGUUUGAUGAUGAAGAUUCAUCGAUAACUAGAUCACACCAGGCUUAUUUGGAUAUAUUCGAUAAGGCUGGUAUGUCCAUCGUCUAUCAGGAAGUACAGCUUGGUUUUCCAAAGGAACUGUACCCAGUACGCGUUUAUGCUCUGAGUUCAACCAUCACGAUGCGUGUACGAGUCCGGAGUCUGGAGGCAGAGAGGAUAAAUUUUGUGUUGGAGAAUGCUGAUUUGCCACUAGCGAAUGCGUUGCGAAGGAUAUUGAUAGCUGAUUUACCAACUAUGGCCAUAGAUUCUGUAAAAAUUGAAGAGAACAGCUCAGUUUUGGUGGAUGAAUUCAUUUCCCAUCGACUGGGAAUGGUUCCGCUUAUUUCAACAGCAUGUGACAAGCUGAUCAAUUACAAUCGUGAUUGCGUAUGUAUGGAUAGCUGUCCAAAGUGCUCUGUAGUGCUUGGUCUUAAUAUCAAGUGUACAACACCAGAAACUAUCCUCGUUACUUCAAAUCACCUUCAAGUUAUAUCACAAGAAGCUCUAGAUACUUCUGGAAACGCUAUUGAUCCGCCUAUUGGCCUUUCAAGCGAUUUUGGUUUGCCAAUCAAUUAUCACUUGGAAGAUGUACAUCCAAUCACCAUUUGCAAACUCCGACAAGGUCAGGAAUUGAGAAUUACUUGUUUGGCUAAGAAGGGUAUUAAUAAGGAACACGCAAAAUGGGGUCCCACUUCGGCUGUUGGUUUUGAGUACGAUCCUUAUAACAAAUUCAAGCAUACUAGUUAUUGGUAUGAGCAAGAUGAGAGAUCAGAGUGGCCACUAUCCUCUAAUGCAACAGAGGAAACUCCACCUGAAGACUCUAACGAUGUUAAUCAUCCUGCUCAAUCAAAUGACUCUGAACCUAGAAACUUUUACUUUGAUGUUGAAGGUACUGGUGCUCUUCAACCUAAAGAUAUGCUCCUCUCAGCUUUUGCAGAGUUGCAGAACAAACUGGCUGCUAUUGUCCUCGCGCUUGAUCACCCAGCUGAUCAGCAAGGCGAUAUGAACAGUGGUAAUCUUGUUGAAGGUAUGGACAAUACUACUGGCGGCGCUGGUGCGAGUGGUGUUCAAGCACUCGAUGAUUGGGCUGUGAACACUGCACAAGGUUUCGAUUGGUCUUGA